AUGCUAUUCGUCUGGGCCAACGGUGCGAAUAUGGCGUCCGCUGUGAAUGCUGUGCAAAACAAGAUCUGUUUGAACGGAUCCGUUGGGAUUGGACGAGAUGUAGGUCAGGGGCAACCCAUACGCCGAGUGUCAGAUGAGACGAAACUCACAUCAUAUAUAAUUUCUCGCGAUUUACUUCACAGUCACGCGAAGACAUCGCAGCCUAACGUUUGUCAGGAAAUGAAGUCAAAUAAACUCACAAUACGUUUAGUCUUCUCAUCUGUUCUUGUACUGCAAGUUUUGAGCACAUCUAUUGUCAAACGUCAGGCAAAUGAUGAAAACGACGCCGAAUUAUGCAAAGGAAGGCCUCCGAGUGAGUACUUCCGGCUGACGGCCGACGAAGACUGUCGGGAUGUCGUCCGCUGUUCAGUGCAGGGAUUGCUGGCACUCAGGUGUCCGUCGGGUCUGGCUUUCGAUAUCGACAAACAGACCUGCGAUUGGAAGUCAAAUGUCAAGAAUUGCGCUCAACUCGAGAAGCCCCGUUUGACGGCACCACUGCUGGCCACGGAUGAGCCGAUCUGCGAGACGGGUAAACUCGCGUGCGGUAAUGGAGACUGUAUUGACAAAGAGCUCUUCUGCAACGGAUCGCCCGAUUGUGUCGACGGUUCCGAUGAAAACGCUUGCACCGUGGAGAAGGACCCGAACAGAGCUCCUCCUUGCGAUCAAAGUCAAUGCGUUCUUCCGGACUGUUUCUGUUCGCCCGACGGCACCCAAAUCCCGGCCAAACUGGAGCCGGCGAAUGUGCCCCAAAUGAUCAUGAUCUCUUUCGACGACGCCAUUAACAAUAACAAUAUCGAUAUCUACGAGAAGAUCUUCAAAGACGGCCGAAACAAUCCGAAUGGAUGUUCAAUCAAAUCCACUUUCUUUGUGUCCCAUAAAUACACCAAUUAUUCGGCCGUUCAGGAGAUGCACCGAAAGGGCCACGAAAUCGCCGCCCACUCUAUCACACAUAACGCUAAUGAGAAAUACUGGAGCGAAGCGAGUCUCGAGACGUGGGCUAAAGAGAUGGCCGGCGUUAGGCUUAUCAUUGAACGGUUCGCCAACAUUACCGACAACUCGAUAGUCGGCGUUCGGGCGCCGUAUCUGCGGGUCGGCGGCAAUAACCAGUUCUUUAUGAUGGAAGAGCAGGCCUUCCUAUACGACUCAACCAUUACGGCACCGCUCAGUAACCCUCCCCUCUGGCCCUACACUCUGUACUUCCGAAUGCCGCACAAAUGUCACGGCAACGGCCAGAACUGUCCGACCCGUUCGCACGCCGUCUGGGAAAUGGUUAUGAAUGAGUUGGACAGACGAGACGACCCCAACUUCGACGAAGAGCUAUCGGGGUGCUCAAUGGUGGACAGUUGCGCUAGUUUGAUUACCGGCGACCAGUUCUACAACUUUUUGAACCACAAUCUCGACCGACACUACAAGACAAACAGAGCCCCAUUGGGUAUCUUCUUCCACGCGUCGUGGCUUAAACUCAAUCCCGAAUAUUUGGACGCAUUUAUCCAAUGGAUCGAUGAAGUGCUCGACCGAAACGACGUCUACUUCGUGACGAUGACACAAGUGCUGCAAUGGAUGCAAACGCCCACUGAGUUGUCUCAGGUGCGAGACUUCGCCCCCUGGAAGGAGAAGUGCGAUGUGAAGGGUCAGCCCCUCUGCAACCUUCCCAACCAUUGCCCGCUCAGUACCCGAGAGCUGCCGGGAGAGACCGUGCGUUUGCACACGUGCUCGGAGUGCCCCCAGAACUACCCCUGGCUCGAGGACCCGACCGGCGAUUAUUUUGCUUAUAAGAAAUAGUUUAAGUCAAGAGUUGUUAUGUAUUGAAACUGAUUUUUUGAUUAGAAUUUUUUUAUUGACCAAC